CCCGGGUUGGGAAGCCUGGGUUGCCUCGCACGUCGGAAUACUUGCAAAAAGGGUGUUUUUUUUCUUCUUCUCUCUUUCUCUCCAGGCUUCGCUCCUCUCCAGCGCUUUGCUGGAAUGAGGUGGCUGCUUGGGGGGAAAAGGGGGAUUUGGGGUUCUUUGGGGGUCGCCGUUGGGGCAUGGAGAAGCGGUCGGCUGGGGAGGCGCCCGGAUCCUGGGGUUCUCGGGCAAACGAGCAGCCUUCUUCCGCCGGGCGGUUGUUGGAGGUGUAGCCGGUGGGUGGUUGGCGAAGCCUGGAGGGGAACCGCGAGUCUCUGGAGCUGCAGCGCGCGUCAGAAGUGUCUUGCAAUGGCUGAGCAGCUAGGAAGUAUGGAACACAGCCUGGCGAAGAGGCCGAGGGAGGAGCCCCGGAAGCAGGAGGAGAACGGACACGAAGCCAAAAGGCUGAAGGACAACGGGGAAGAGGCCAAGGACGAGACAAGGAAGUUCCCGAAAAAGAAAGUUGUGCUGUUGCUGGUGUAUUGUGGGAAAGGUUACCAUGGAAUGCAGCGCAACGUGAAAAGUUCCCAGUACAGGACAAUUGAGGAUGACCUGGUAUCAGCCCUCAUAAAAUCCGGAUGUAUUCCGGAAAACCACGGAGAAGACAUGAAGAAAAUGUCGUUUCAGAGAUGUGCCCGGACAGAUAAGGGCGUGUCUGCGGCCGGACAGAUCGUUUCCUUGAAGGUCUGGCUGAUCGACGAUAUUUUACAGAAGAUUAACGAGCAUCUUCCUUCUCACAUAAGAAUUUUAGGGCUGAAAAGAGUGACUGGAAAAUUCAAUUCCAAGAACAGAUGCGAUGCCCGGACCUAUUCGUACAUGCUGCCGACGUUUGCCUUUGCCCACAAGGAUGACGCUUCUCCGUGUGAAACCUACCGCAUGAGUGCUGAGACUUUGGACACUGUCAACGACCUCCUGGCUUGCUACAGAGGCACCCACAACUUCCAUAACUUCACCUCCCAGAAGGGCCCCAAGGACCCCAGCGCCAAGCGUUACAUCAUGGAGAUGUUCUGCGAGGAGCCCUUCGUGAGGGACGGUGUGGAGUUCGCGGUAGUGAAGGUGAAAGGACAGAGUUUCAUGAUGCACCAGAUCCGGAAAAUGAUCGGCUUGGUGGUCGCGAUUGUCAAGGGCCACGCCACCCAAUCCAUCAUGGAGCAGAGCUGGGGAGAGGAGAAGGUAGACAUCCCCAAGGCUCCUGGGCUGGGCCUGAUUUUGGAACGGGUCCACUUUGAGAGCUACAACCAACGGUUUGGGGACGACGGUCUCCACGAAGCCCUGGAAUGGGCAGAAGAAGAGGGGAAGAUUGCGGCUUUCAAAGAGCAGCACAUCUACCCCACCAUUAUCAACACGGAGAAGGAAGAAAAGUCCAUGAUGAACUGGCUGGAGACGCUCUUCAACCAUCAGUUUGAUUCCACCAUCUCAAGGCUACAGGAAGACACCAGAGAUGCCAAGUCUGAUCCUGAAGGCAGCGAUGGAUGUGAAGACAAUUCUGAUUGAGGAUUCCAGGCACACUUUGAUAAUUAUGGAUUCACAAUUCUUUGGCCUGAAAAAUCAAGCUUUUUUCAAUGAUGGGUGUUCUUAGGCUUGGAACACAGAUGAACAAGGACAGAAGUUACAUUUCUCGUCCUCUCUGCAGCAGUGGAGACAACGCUAGCUUGAAAAAAAAAACUACUUUAAUUAUGUUCGAUAAAAAAUAAUUUUUAAAAACAUGUUGGAGAAAAAUAGUUAUCGGACUCGUACAGAUAAGUGCAAGGCGUUAAGAAUGCUGUUCCCUUUUGGUUUUUCCAACAGCCAAAAUUAAUUGUUCUUUUGGAAAGCUUUCCGUGAUUAUCGGCUCAGCCAAGUAAUAAGGUUUUUGGAAACUUACUUCCUU